AACAGUCUUUUAAAGUUACUCAAGUGAGAAACAUCAAAAAGUCAUUUGACUCAAAAGUGAGAAAAAAAAGAGAUAAAAAAAGAAAAGUUUUGUGAAUUAAAAAAAAAGAUACAAUGGACAUGAAAAUAAGUUUUGUGACAAUCUUUGUGCUGUUCACGUCACUCGUGAUGAUACAGUGCGGUCCAAUUGAUAUACUUACUCAGCUUACUGACAACGCUGACAGACAACUAUUGUUGAGAAUUGCAGAAUUUUUCAGCAGUGAUUAUUCAGAUGAGAGUUCCGUCUCGAGUGGUGUGAAAACACGUGACAUUUCCGAGCAGCAAUCACGUUGUCGACUGCCCAUGAAGAGAGGUCUCUGUAGAGCAUUGAUGCCCCGUUGGCACUACGAUCCAGUUGAAAAAUCCUGCAUUGAAUUUAAAUUUGGAGGAUGUGAUGGAAAUGCAAAUAAUUUCCGAACGCGAAAAGAAUGCAUGAGCGUAUGUGAGGGAGUGUGAUGCUGACUAUAAUUCAAUGCAAAAUAAGCUCCCUGAUGACGUACAAAAAAUCUAGUGAUAGUUUGUGAUAGAAUAGUCCAAUUUAUGUUGACUGACCGAUUUGAACAAAAGGAAUCAGUAUUAAACCAAAUCAUCGCUUAGUCAACACAUUCCUCAUGACUGUAAAUUAUGAUCAAAUAGCAAUAAGAUUUAUUUUUUGAUAAGCUCAUGAAAUCAUUUAGCGAGUAGUUUGCCAGCAUUUAUUGUAUUUAUGAAAGGCAAAAUUUAUUCUGUAAUUGAAAACACUCAAAU